GCUGCAGCAUUAUUUCCUCGCGACAAGGACCAUGCAUUCACUCGUGCAGCCCAAUGCCUGGGUGGCCCUUAAGUUACCCAAUGGGACGCUCAGGGUGCUACAGGUGACACCAAAUACUACCAUCUCGCUUGGAAAGUAUGGGUCAUUCCCGAGCAACCUGAUCAUAUCUAGACCAUAUCACCUCACGUACGAGCUGCAAGAUAAGCGCGAGCCCGAAAACUUCAACCGGCUGCGAAUCGUACCCGCGUCGGAACUCUACGCAGACAUCCUCACCUCCAGCGACGGCUCGUCCUCCUCGCCCGGCUCGCCCGCCGCAGCAGCUGACGGGGACGACGAAGAUGGCGAGGACGGCGCCCUACCGUCGAGCGCCGAGUACACGCUGGUCGACGAGUCGGGCGCCGUUGUGGCGAAAACAGACGAGGCUGCCGUGCUCCACGAGGCGGCUGUCGCUUCGGCCACCCAGACGCUGAGCAUGGAGGAGAUCGAGGCGCUGAAGAAGGGCGGCGCCGGCGCCGGCAAGGACCUCAUCGCCAAGCUCAUGCUCUCGCACACCGCCCUCGACCAGAAGACAGAGUACUCGCUCGCCAAGUACAAGCUCUUGAAGACCAAGAAAUACAUACGCAGGUUCUGCGUGCUACCGCUGGACAUGCCUCUGUUCGACCACUGGCUGCUGGAAGAGAAGGACUCGCAGAAGAUCCUGGAGAUGCGCGAGGAGAUGUUGGGCCUACUGGGUUGCUGGGCGAAUGUGCACUGGGGCGGAGAGGACCGCGAGAAGGAGAGCCACGAGGAUGGUGGGGCCGAUCCAGAGGAGGCGGACAAUACCCAGGGACGGUACCUGGUCAUCGACGAUACUGGAGGUCUUCUGGUCGCAGCCAUGGCAGAGAGAACGGGUAUCCUGUACCCGCCUGAAAACAAGGGAGAAACGCUGGAGGCGUGGCUGGAGGCACAUAAGAAUCCGCAGCAACGAAACUCCGCGAGGGAGCUACAGGACACUAAGCACCGACCAAAGGCAACAUCUCAGCAGGACGGAGAAGAGGACGAGGAGGCGGACGCUGAUGUGGAGGCUGAGGAUGUCGAGGCCAAGACCGAGGAGACCGAUGGUGCACAAUCACAGGCUACGGAAAAGCAGAAACGCGGACCAACGGAUGUCGCGCCCAAGAAGUACCCAUCCGGCCCCGGGAGGCGCGCAGACGACUUGAGCGUGCCUUACGCCAAGUCCAACACGUUGACGCUGGUUCAUCCCAACUCGCAACCCAACCUCAGCCUGCUGAAAUACUACGACUUCGAUAUCACGAACCCGUCACAGCCGCUCUCCCACCCGCUAGCCAGGAAUCUCAUGACGCUCUCAUGGCUUCAACUGCUGGAUCCUGCCGCAGACACGACAUACACGGCAGAGCCAGAAGCGAUAACGCCCGAGGAACUCCGAACCUGGAAGACGAACCGGAGAGGCAACUAUCACCGCAAGCGACGCCGAUGGGCCCGUGUUCGACAUGUGGUGGACACUGCACGGGCAGGCGGCUUCUCGGGACUGGUCGUUGCAAGCACGAUGGAUCCGAUUUCGAUCAUGAAGCAUGCCGUCCCACUGCUGGCUGGCGGUGCGCCGAUCGCCAUCUACUCCCAGAACGUGGAGCAGCUGACCAAGCUGGUCGACUGCUACAGCAUAGCCAAAAGAGGAGCUUGGAUCGCAGACCCGCCGGAGGAGGCUGUUGGCCGGACCUUGGAAGAGCUAGAGAAUUGGGAGGGGUCCGAGGAGUUCCCUCUCAACCCGACCCUGAUACUAGGCGCCGCGUUGCAGACGAGCAGAGUGCGGAAAUGGCAGGUGUUGCCCGGCCGGACACAUCCUCUCAUGACCAGUAAGGGAGGUGCUGACGGUUAUGUCUUCACAGCAUCGAGGGUCAAGCCGGCCGAGGGCAAAGUAGAGGCGCGGGGCAAAGGCGUUCGAAACAAGAAGCGUAAGGUCGGCGAGUAAAAAGCCGUGGUUGCACAUUUGGAAAAAAGUGGCAGAUAGCAUCUUGGCGCAUCCCACGGCAUCAUAGACUACUAGAGUGGCACCGGCU